AUAAAUAGCAUAUAAAGACCAGCUUCCUCCCUCUCAUACUGCAUCGUAUCAUAUCUUUGGUCGUCAGGGGGUCUUCUUGGUUCUUUAAAACUUCUUCUCCAUCUUCUUGAAUCUUGCUGGUGUAGUUGUUGAGAGAUUGGGAGGCAGAGAGAGAGAGAGAGAGAGAGAGAGAGAGAGAGAGAGAGAGAGAGAGAGAGAGCUUGCAGCAAUGGGAUUGGGACGCACCUUGGAGUUCCUGUCUGAGAUGUUUGGGGGUGGUGAAGGCCAUGGCUACGACAGGAGGAUGAAGAGGAGGCAGAUGCGGACGGUGGAGCUCAAGGUCUCCAUGGACUGCGAGGGGUGCGAGCGCAAGGUCAAGAACGCACUCUCCCACAUGAAAGGGGUGCGAUCAGUGGACAUCAACAGGAAGCAGCAGAAGGUGACGGUGGUAGGCUACGCGGAGGAGAGCAAGGUGCUGAAGAAGGCGCGGUCCACGGGCAAGAAGGUCGAGAUAUGGCCCUACGUGCCGUACAGCCAAGUUAGCCAGCCCUACGUCGCCGGCACCUAUGACAAGCGGGCUCCGGCCGGCUACGUCAGGAGGGCCGAGCCCGGGUACAGCCAGGUCAGCAGGCAGCAUGACCAGCUCACCGACAUGUUCAACGACGAGAACGCAAACUCCUGCUCCGUCAUGUGAAAUACAUAGGUUCCUCUGCAUCGUGGACAGAGAUAGUGAUGUCUGGAAGUGUUCGAGAGUAUGGUGAUAAUGUUUGCAGGUUGAUCUGAUGGCCUCAAGUGUUAAAGUAUGAAUAUUAUCAGUAGUUCCUAGUGCUGGUUAAGAUCACUCAA